AUGUCCACAGGUCCACAGGACUCCAGCAUGGAGCAGCUUCAGCUGCAGAGGAGAGAACACACGUCAUAUCAGAUAUUCCCCGAGGCGUCGGAGACGAAGAGCCUGAAGGAGCGACUGCCGUCCAUCAUGGUGGAGCCGUCGGAGGAGAGCGGGGAACACACCAGCCGUGAGGAGGACGACCCUUUCCAUGACCCCCGUGACCCCUACCACUUCUUCUUUGUCUGUCCCAGAGUUCCUCCUCGCCUUAAACGCUCAUCCAUACCCAGCAUCCAGAUCGACUACAGCAGACUGACUCCGCCCCCCUCGCCGACAUCAUCACGCGUGGCUCCGCCCUGUUUCCCCGGCUGAGAGGCGGACCGCAUCAG